UGGCAUGUUCAAGACCGAAAAAGGUAGUAAGGAUGUUGGUGGUUUAACUGUAAUUUAACAAAGCUAUAACAUUAUGUGUUCUUGUAUGUUCGUAAAAUUACAGAUGAACCACUGAUGUAACAUGGACUUUUUUACCAAUGUCCUUACUAUAUUUCUUGGCCUUGUAAUGUUUCAGUUACAUUGCUGUCUAUGCAGAGUCAAAAACCUGUUGGAUUUCAUCAAAAAUAUCUUAAAGGGGUCAUCGGAUGCUUGAAGCAUCGGAAGUUGAUAUGAUCCUUUAGAGUCUUAAUGAAAAGUCUCUAAUAUACUUUGGUUAAAAAUUCUCAGUGGUUGUGUAAAACAACACCCUUUUUAUCUUGCCAAAAUCAGCUCUGCAAAAAUCAUCCUGUUCUGGUUGAGGCUGCUUUAAAUGUAAAUGAGCUCUGCUCGCCCCGCCCCUCUCUUCUCUCUGUGGAGUGACGAGCCUGUUUACCUUAGCCACAUUUAGCCACGUUUAGCUGCUAAACUUGCUAACUAGCACGUUAUUAGGAAAAGUGACUGCAGAGGUUCAUAAAAAAAAAACCCUUAUACUCACUUCUGCUGUAGGUGAAGCUGGAUCAUGAAUGACAGGCAUCUGAGAAUGGCUCGAUUUGAAAAAGGGGAUAUAAUUUUUACAGAUUAAUUAAAAACCACUGCAUGCGAUGACCCCUUUAAUUUGUGUUCCAAAGUUGAACGAAGGUCUUACAGGUUUGGAACGACAUGAGGGUGAGUAAUUAAUGACAGAAUUUUUAUUUUUGGGUGAACUAUCACUUUAAAAUAUGAUUUUUCUUCCCAUCUCAUUUUCCCCCAUUACCAUGUCCUUUUAGGAUCUUAAAUUCUACACAUGUACUAGUUUUGCAUCAUGAUUGAAGGUAUUUUUACUCUUUCCAUGAUGUUCUCUCUUUAAUCAGGGCCAUUGUAUUACUUGUCAGCGACUGGUUCUCCCUGUUCUCAAGAAGAGGACUGGCAUGUAAUAACAUAUACAGUAAUCCCAAGUAAGUUGAUGGAAAUCAAAUAGAUCUAUUCCUCAAUCAUUACAUUAUGUAAUUUAUUCAUUAUCAGGUUUCCCAGUCUUUUUCAGUGAUCAUUUUCCAAGACAAGGAUAUUUUUAAUUUAAUUACAGCAAGAGUACAAGACAAGGAGAAAUAUAUUCCUUUCUCUGAAUGUCUUUAAUAGUCCUGCAGUUUAUGGCCAUGACUUACACUACCGUUCAAAAGUUUGGGGUCAGUAAGACUUGUAAUAGUCUUUAAAGAAGUCUCUUAUGCUCAUCAAGGCUGCAUUUAUUUGAUUAAAAAUAUAGAAAAAAAACAGUAAUAUUGCAAAAUGUUUUUACAAUAUAAAAUAAUGUUUUUUAUUUUAACAUACUUUAAAAUAGAAUUUAUUCCUGUGAUGAAAAGCUGAAUUUUUAUCAGCUGUUACUCCAGUCUUAAGUGUCACACGAUCCUUCAGAAAUCAUUCUAAUAUGCGGAUUUAUUAUUAGAACGAUCAUUGUUGGAUAAUAUCAACAGUUGUGCUGCCAAAUAUUUUUUGGAACCUGUGAUUUUUUUUUUUUCAGGAUUCUUUCAUGAAUAACAAGUUUAAAAAGUACAGUGUUUAUUCAAAAUAUAAAUAUUUUAUAACAAUGUAAAUUAUUUAUUAUUAACUUUUAAUAAACCUUUAAUUAUUAACUUAAUACAUCCUUGGUGAAUAAAAGUAUUAAUUUCUUAAAAAAAAAAAAAAAAAAAAAGAAACAAUAAAAAUGUACUGACCCCACACUUUUGAACGGUAGUGUAAAUAUAAUAACGCUUUUAAUUAUACAUGACAAAUGAUUUUCAGAACCAAUUUAAACACCAUAGCAAAAAUGUUUAGUAAACACAAAUUUGAACACAAAUAUAAUAAAGUAUUGCUUUAUAAAAAAACUUAAAUUUGGUCUCAGUUUCCAUGUGUUUUCCAGGACUGGAAAGUUAGUCAUCAGUUUUCCCCGGGACAUGGGAAGUGCGUAUAAUGCAUAUAGCCUAAUCAUGCAACUGGGAAUAAUGUUUAAGCUCUCUAUUAAAGCUGUAUAGUGCUUUUUUAUUAUAUUGUCUUUGUAACUUUGAAACUUUUUGUUAUUCAGUGUUCACCGUAGCUCGUAUAGGAUAUAUUGCUCGUGUUUAUGACAAAGGUCAGCUCUUCUUUGAGUACACACAGCCACAUAUUCCUUGUGAGGAUGUCAAAGUCUGUUACAUCAUCAAAGGAGGUACUACAUGAAUAUGUUUACUCCACUUUAUCUUUUGUUGUAGUGAUGAAGUUGUGGAUAUUGAUUGUUUCUUGGUUUCAGAAACACUGCAUGAUACCUUUCCAUUUUAUUUACAACGAUUUUUGACUCCACAGGUGAGAUGUGAACACUAAUGCUGUGCCCAUUUUUUUAAAAAACAAGAUUUUAAAAGUUGUUCCUGUAGCUUUAAUAGCAUAGUGUGACAAUGCAACGGUCAUGUUCGUAAUUCUCAGUAAAAGUAAAAAAGUAAGUGUUGCUUUGGAACACAUUUUAUUUUGUUUUCCUUCACAGGGGGUUUAUGAGGUUUACUUGGAUGUGAACAUUGUUGAUGAUGCUGAAAAAAUGCUGACAUUACAUUUCAACAUCACUGCACAAGUAAAAAGUCCUGGAAGCAAGAAUGCAAUUUCUGGACAGCUGGGAGGGCUGUAAGAAAAGAAAAUCUCAGCAAAGACAAGAUAAACUUACUUUUCAAAAGUUUAAGAUUAGACUCAGAUUUGUGUGUGUGUGUGGUGUGUAAUAUAGGAGAGAGUUUAGAUUUUCUAUGCAGUUUCUUUAAUAAUAUCAAAAGUCAUGUUAUGGUUUUAGUUGUGAAAAUGUAAAUAAAUUACAUUUAAAUGCAAACAUCCUCUGAACUUAUUGUCAGAAAUUCUUUUGUGGCCAAGCGUCUGACACUUCUUUGUUCACAUAAUUACAGGUACCUACAUGGAAAAAACAUGAUUCAUGGUUUAAUCCAAAAGAGAAGUUUUGCAACAGUGCAGUGCAUUGUUGUGUCCUGUUGUUAUUAGUAUCAUGAAAUUUUUAUAUCCCAACUUUCAGGAAGAAAAGCCAUUAAAGACAGAGAGAUUUUGCCACUGUUUCAUUAAAUACGAACAGCAGUGAUGCUUCAGCACCUUUCAGUUUUUCUUUGCUAUGUGCUGGCAUUGCCUUCUAUGUCCUCGGAAGAAAAACACUGGGUUUGUUCCUCAGAAAGUGUUAGCAUUUGGUACAGCUACAAUGGGCCAUUAUAUUACAUGUCAGUGGCUAUAUCCCCCUGCUCUCUAGGAAUGACAGUGUACAAUAUAACAACUACAGUAAUUCCAAUGUUCACGAUCACACGUAUAGGAUUUCAUGCUCUAAUUUACUACGAAGAUCAGCUGUGGUUGGAUCACAUGCAGCAAGAUAUUCCUUGUGAAGAUUUGAAAUUAUGUGACAUCAUCAAAGGAGAAACACUUCAUGAAACAGUUCCAGUUUAUCUGAGAAAAUAUUAUGGACCUAAGGGAGAAUAUCGGAUUUACGUGGAUGUGAACAUUGUUGAUGAUGCUGAAAACAUUCUGACAUUACGUUUCAACGUCACUAUGCAAAUUAAAAGUACCAGUUCUCAGAAUUCAUUUUUUUUAACAGCUGGGAGCUGUAGGACAAGUCCUAUUCUUAAUUAGUAAGGCAAAAACGUUUUUUGAAAGAAAUGAAUACUUUUCUAUUUUUAGAUUUCUAUUUCAUAUAGCACAACUUUUUUUAGUGGUGAUAAAAAUGUUUCUUGAGCUCCGAAUCAGCAUAUUAGAAUGAUUUCUGAAGGAUCAUGUGACACUGAAGACCGGAGUAAUGAUGCUGAAAAUUCAGCUUUGCCAUCCCAGGAAUAAAUUACGUUUUAAAAUAUAUUAAAAAGAUAAAUAUAAUGAUAAAACUUAUUUUAAACUGUAAUAAUAUUACAGAUUUACUGUAUGCUUGAUCAAAGAACA